UAACGCCCGGUCGUAAUAGUAAUAUAUAAAUACAGAACAAAAAUGCCCUCCAAAUCUUAAAUAGUUGCAAAAAUAAACUUUGGAUCUAAUUUAUCACUAACAAUUCCCAGAGAAUGGAAACAGGCGAAUUUGAAUAUUUGUUCAAGUUAUUACUCAUUGGGGAUUCAGGCGUAGGCAAAAGUAGUUUGCUUUUGAGUUUCACUUCCGACACUUUUGAUGAUCUCUCUCCGACCAUUGGUGUGGAUUUUAAGGUACAGUAUGCUACUAUAGGUGGGAAAAAAUUGAAGCUUGCUAUCUGGGACACAGCUGGACAGGAGAGAUUUAGGACACUUACUAGUUCUUAUUAUAGAGGAGCUCAAGGGAUUAUAAUGGUGUAUGAUGUAACAAGACGAGAUACGUUUACUAAUCUAUCUGAUAUAUGGGCAAAAGAAAUUGAUCUGUAUUCCACGAAUCAAGAUUGCAUUAAAAUGCUUGUUGGAAACAAAGUUGACAAGGAAAGUGAAAUGGUUGUCACUAAAAAAGAGGGAAUUGACUUUGCAAGACAAUAUGGAUGCCUUUUUAUUGAAUGUAGUGCAAAAACUCGAGCCAAUGUGGAGCAAUGCUUUGAGGAGCUUGUUUUAAAGAUUUUAGAAUCACCGAGUCUUGUAUGCGAAGGCGCAAAUGGUGUGAAAAAGAACAUCUUCAAACAGAAGCCUCCACAGGAUGUUGCAACUAGCAGUUGCUGCUAAUGACGAUGCUGUAACUUCAUUCUUUUACAGCUCUCUUCACUGACAUAGCCUUCCGGUCUUCGACUAUUCUUUCCAUUAUACUGUAAAUUAAUUACAAAUCGAUAACCGUUUGAUGUCAUUUUGUCGUCUCCCUUGGCCAAAUUAUGUAUUUUUUUUAUGCCAUGGCCAUGAAUUUCCCAUAUUCCUUACUGUUCUAAACGUUACCUGUGAAAGACCAUUAAUUUCAGGACAUGGUUCCUUU